GUUUUGGCCAUCUGGACACGCGCGUGCACGCGAUCCCGAACAAAAGCAACAUCUCAUCUCGAUUUGGAUUGGACGCGCUCGCCUACUUCCGGUGUGUCCUUCGUCCUUCCUUCCGUCGAGUCAAGUUCGAAACCAGAUCGCGACGAGAGUUCUCUCCCGUUGUCCGGAAUGGCCGUUCAAGUGUCCGAGUCGGACCAGAUCAAGCAGUUCAAAGAAUUCCUCGGGACGUACAACAAGUUGACGGAAAACUGCUUCAUGGACUGCGUCAAGGAUCUGACCAGCCGGGAGGUCCGGCCCGAGGAGGCGAGCUGCUCCGAGUCGUGUCUCCAGAAGUACCUGAAGAUGACGCAGCGGAUCUCCAUGCGCUUCCAGGAGUACCACAUCCAGCAGAACGAGGCGCUGGCGGCCAAAGCCGGGGUGCUGACCCAGCCCCGAUGACCCCAAACAAUCAAAUUGGGAUGCGUAAUAUCCAAAAACUUUAUUGGAAACCGCUGCCGCCUGACAGAGGCGUACAAAGUCUUUUCUCGUAAAAAUAUUAGAAAUCAUUCUUUACAUUUUCGCCCACAUCUUAUUUACACAAAAGUUCAUGAGCCAAACGGGAAACGGGAGGAAGCGAGCGGGCCACAAAAUGUCUCACGACGUCGUCUUGAAGUGAGGAACCUGUUGGAAAUAAAACUUCCAAAGUA